AUGUCUGUUAAUCCGAGUUUCCCGCCCGUCCCCGAAAGUGAUCAUAAUGCCCAUCUUGAUCAAAUUGCUGUGGAAGUUGGUCUCGAAGACCCUGUAAUGUUCGAUGAUCCCAGAAUUCCGAAUGAAGACGCAGCCCACAUCCCGAAUGGGUACAGAAUCUCGGAUAAUAAUGUGUUCGGAGCUUUGGUAGGGGUGCUGAACCAAUUUUGUUUACGUUCUAGCCUCCAAUCACUGGAUAUCCGCUGUUAUUUACGGGUGUUUUGAAGUGCCGUUAUGAUGCAAUCAAGGUGAGCAAGUGACUCCAACGCCUUUUGUAGCGAUUUUUUCUAUUUCCAACAUCAAGUUGAAGAACAUCUCUAUAUUACUUUAGAUCCUCUUCGAAAAGAAAUUUGGUCCGACCUUUCGUUUGAUGGGUGUGGAUGUCCUCGACGAUCGUUGGUAUGUCUAUGUGAAGACUUUGGGGGAAGCAGCAGAGGUUAUUCUGCGGAUGGACAAGCUCGUGUUCCAUGGGGGAGUCCUUUGCGUCAGAUAUCUGCAUCCAAAUGGGACUUUGUUACACGUUAGCCAAGUGAAUCAACUGAUCCAGCAACGAAAUUACAAUACAACGGUCACGAUGACCAGAAGGAACAAUGGAUAUCUGGAAUUCAGUCCGCGGCAGAUGCAGGUGUUCAAUGAGAUUUUCGAGGUUUGUUAGUUAAUCAUUAUGUUAUUCGUAUUUUUAUCUUCAGAACUUCCACAAACUGCCGUAUCGCUUUACCAGCGGAGUCCCAAUUGAUCCAGCCAUACGAGCUAUUCGAAAGACACAAUGCAAAGCUCCUACAGUAAUCAGAAUGGCUCUAAAAGAAUACGGGUAUGCCCUUUUGAGCACAUGUCUGAAGGGAAAAUUCGUUCAAGACGGCUGGCUGAAGAUAAUGCCGAAUAAGCCAACUGUUCAGGAGGAAAGAAGAGUAGCUGAAGUAAGCAUAGCGCUGUAUAAAAUUUAUUAGUUAUUUUUAGGCUUGCCAAAAACAGCCUCAGGAAAGUUGGGAACCGUUUGGCCAGGACUCUAUAGAUUCAGUAGAGGUUUUCAUUCAGUACAUGAAGGCCAUGCUCCGCCGAUUUGGCCCUAUGAAUAUCUACACUAGUCUGAGGCUCCGUUUAGCCACUUUUAUCGGCCAAUCGACGUUUCAAGUAGGCUCAACAAUACGAUUACAUUAUUUUAGGCACCAGCUACUGCCAGAGAAUUGAUUUACUUCCUCGAACAGAACAGCCCUGAUUUUGUCGUUGUUGAUGAUACCAUAUUUGAUAUUACGUCCUCAGAUCAUGUUAGAAUCCUCCGUGACCACUUGACGAAUGAAUUCUCGAGAUCCGACAAGUUCAGUAUCACCGAUUUUAUGAAUCGAUUUAUAAUCAACGGAAAUUAA